CCCUUGGCACUUGAAAUCUUAAUACUAAUAAUACAUGUACGUGUUAAAAUGGAUAUUAUUUUGACCGAGACUAAUAAGGGAAAAAGAAGCCUUGUUUGUGACAGUUUCCGAUAUAGAGUGGACAAAACACUAAAAGGAGAAGAAAUAUCCUGGAGAUGUACAGCAAAAGGUUGCAAAGCAAGACUGAGGACGGAUUGUACCGGAACCGUUAUAAUUCAACAGAAAAAUACUCAUAACCAUGAUACCAGUGAUCGUGACAAUGAACGUCACUUGCUGCGGGUACGAUCAAAAAGAAAAGCGGAUGAUGAUAUUGCUCAACGUCCUUCAAAAAUUAUCCGUACAGAGUUACAGAACAUGGAUGAAGCAAAUCUAAAGUCUGAAGACAUUGGCAGCGUUUCAAAGGCUAUAUAUAGAAAGAGGCGUAAAUCUCACCCUGCACUUCCUAAAUCUAGAGAGGAAACACACCAAUCAUUAAAGAAGAUUAAUAUUCAGUCAAAUAAAUUUGAAAAUUUUGUGCAGUUUAAUGAUGAACAAACUGGUAUAAUUAUUCUUACGUGUCCAACCAAUCUUGAAUGUUUAUGCAGUGUGCCGGAAAUUUUUAUGGAUGGUACUUACAAAUAUUGCCCAAAGUUCUUUAAACAGUUAUAUACUAUUCAUGGCUAUAACAGAAAAGGAGAAGGAACAGAAUCUCCGGGAUUUGCAUUCGAAAUACUGCCAGCAGGAAAUUACGAGGGAUUUUUAUGUCAGAAGCCUGGGAUAUAA